ACUGCUGUAUGACAUGUUGAAUGAACACGCAGAGUUUGAUCAGAGGCGGGUCUUAGUGUUCAGUGAACUCACCUGUUUGACUUGACCUCAUAAAAUAGUGGCAAAGUUGAAGUUUUAGCGGCAGAGCAGGAGAGGCAGCUGCAGAGUGCAAACCUCUGACAGACAGACAGCAGACCUGAAAUGGCAACUAUUCGCAGACGAAUCCCGUACACACCUAAAGCCCCCAUCAGACAGGGCAUUUACAGCCAGGCAGUGGUUGUGGAUAGAACGAUGUACAUCUCUGGUCAGCUGGGGAUGGACGUGGCCUCUGGUCAGCUGGUAGAUGGAGGAGUGCAGGCCCAGGCUAAACAGGCUCUCAUCAAUAUGGGGGAGAUCCUUAAAGCUGCUGGCUGUGAUUACACCAACGUGGUGAAGACGACCGUGCUGCUCGCUGAUAUAAAUGACUUCAACAGCGUCAACGAGGUCUACAAGACAUUUUUCAGCAGUAACUUCCCUGCCAGAGCUGCCUACCAAGUCGCUGCUCUUCCCAGAGGAGGUCUGGUGGAAAUUGAAGCGAUUGCUGUUCUUGGUCCUCUCUCAGACUCCUGACUAGUCAGCCACAUCACAAACAAGUUGUAGUCUGACCAUCAAGUGUUCUUUUUAUAGUGCAGUGGAAGCCCUGUUGUAUUUCCAGAUGAUGCAUGACAGACCAAACUAGCAUCAGGUUUUAGCAUAAAUGAAUUUCUCUCCUCUGGCCUCUGCAGCUCCCUGACAGCACUGCUGAACUAUUUUCAGUAUUAGUAAAUUCACCUGCAUUUGGUUUGUGGCUAAUAUAAUUUCACAUGUGACAUACAAAAAACAAAACAUAAUAAAUAAGACAGAUAGAAGAAAGAUAGAAAUAGAUGUAGUGGGAUGUCUGUACGAGCAGUCUAACAUUCACUGGUCACAGAUUUAACUUCUGUGGUAUGUCAUCUUCUGUUUUGUUCCAAACAUUAUAAAACGUUUUAAAAAGUGCAUCUCUCACUAAUAAAAAAUGGAAUGAAACCUCUCA